CAGCGGGCGGGGCUCCCCCGCGGUGACGUAAAAGCGGGGCGGGGCGUGGCCGGCGGCACGUCGUGGCUGCGGGGGGCCGAAGAUGGCGGCGGCGGCGGCUCGAGCCGCGGGGGCUGCGGGGCGGGCGGCGGCGGCUCCCGGCCCCACGCCCGGCCCCGCCGGGCCCCGCCGCUACUCGCUGCUGGCCAUCGUGGGCGGCGGCUGCCACCGCCCCGGCCUGCUGGCCUCCGUGCUGCACGAGCUGGAGCGAGGCAUCCGCUCCUGGGACAUCGACCUCACGGCCUGCAACCUCGAUGAGCAGCUGAAGCUCUUCGUGUCCCGCCACUCAGCCACCUUCUCCAGCAUCGUGAAGGGUCAGCGGACCCUCCACCACCGGGGAGAUGUGCUGGAGACCCUGGUGCUGCUCAACCCUUCGGACAAGUCCCUGUGCGACGAGCUGCGGAACCUCAUCACGGACGUGUCCCAGCACAAGCUGCUGGUGUUCGCAGGGCCCUGCGUGGAGGAGACGGGGGAGCUGAUGCUGCAGACGGGCUGCUUCUCGCUGCGGGACUUCAUCCAGAUCUUCACGGACAAGGAGGUAGGAGAGAUGCUGAGCUCUGCAGACCCCUCUGCCAAGGCUAGGCUGACCAUCAGCUGCCCUGACUUUGGAGAGUGGAAGGACUCGGGUCUGGACCAUCACAACCUCCAGGACUUCAUCGAGCUGCAAUACAACCCGGGCUGCGUCCUGCCGGAGAUGGAGGGGCUGGAGGAGUUCGUGGAGUACCUCUCGGAGUCCCUGGAGCCCCAGUCCCCCUUCGACCUCCUCGAGCCCCCCACCAUGGUCGGCUUCCUCAAGCUCUCCAAGCCCUGCUGCUAUAUCUUCCCGGGCGGGAGAGGGGACUCGGCCUUCUUUGCUGUCAACGGCUUCAACGUGCUGGUGAACGGGGGCUCCAACCCCAAGUCGUCCUUUUGGAAGCUGGUCCGGCACCUGGACCGCAUCGACUCCAUCCUGGUGACGCACGCGGGCACCGACAGCUUGCCUGGUGUCAACAGCCUGCUGCAGAGGAAGCUGGCGGAGCUGGAGGAGGACCCGUCCCAGGGCUCGCAGGGCACUGGCGACUGGGCGAAGAACCUCAUCUCUCCGGAGCUAGGCGUUGUGUUUCUCAACGCCUCCGAGAAGCUGAAGGACAUUGAGGGCAACUCCCGGGUGCUGAAGAGCUGUGACGAGGCUGCCUUGACCCUGCACUACCUGGACAAGCUGGGCAUCCGCCCCAACCCGCUGGCCCGAGACAGCAGCCCCCGCGUGGAGCCCACCGUCCUCUUCCAGAAGAUGGGGGUCGGCCGGUUGGACAUGUACGUCCUGAACCCCGUGAAGGGCACCAAGGAGCUGGAGUUCCUCAUGCAGCACUGGUCAGGCAAUAGCUACCCCAGGGAGCAGGACUUGCCCCUGCAGUGUCUGACCUCCAUCUGCGCCCUCCUCGUCUGGCACCCCGUCAGCCCCUCCGAGAAGAUCAUCCGGGUCCUCUUCCCUGGCUGCACCCCGCAGGCCCGCAUCCUGGAGGGGCUGGAGAAGGUGAAGCACCUGGAGUUCCUCAAGCACCCCGUGGUCACCAAGAAUGACUUGAAGGGGCUCUCUGCGCCCCAGCCUGAGAAGCAGCUGAAGCAGAGGAGGGCAGAGAGCAAGGAGAGCCUGAAGUCUGCUUCCAAGCUGAGUCUGGUGGACACUGGGACGCCAGCGCCGAAGGAGAAGGCUCCAAAGACAGAGAGGAAGGAGGUGAAGUCAGGGACCAAGGAGAAACCGAGAUCGCUGGGGGAGACGACUAGAACAGGGUCAGAGGAGGAGAGAGCCAAGGAUGCUCGAGCCAAGCUGGACUCCUCGAUGGAAAAGCCGAAAGUGGACACGAAACCGAAGGUGAGUAAGGAGAAAGCGGUGCCCAAGAAGGAGCCUACUCCCCGAAAAGAGGAGAAGAAGCCAGUGAAGAAGGAAGAUGGGACUGAGGUGAAGGGUGAAGCCAGGAAGGAGGUGAAGACUGUGAAGAAGGAAGUGAAGGCUGAGACGCUGCGAAAGGAUGCGAAGGACAGCAAGGCGGAGGGCAAGGCUGCUGCAAAACCCCCGGCCCGGAAAACGCCAGGCCCGGACACCCGCAAACCCUUGGCCAAGGCUGGGAGCAUCAAGAAAUCCACCCUCAAGAAGGAGCCAGAGAAGCCCAAGGCCAAAGCGCCCAAGGAGGCGGGUGGCAAGAAGGAGCCAGGGGCAUCGGAUGGCUCCAAGUCCUCCUCCCCCGAGGACAUGCUGCCAGAGGCCGAGCAGGGCCGGGGGGCUGCGUCACCAGGAGCGGAGGGGAGGAGGAAGGAGGACUCGACAGAUGAAGGCAUCACCACGGCAGAGAGUGAGCUGGAGCCAUCCCCGCUGGAGAACGGGGAGGCCGGGGCGCGCGCCGGGCCGGGGGCCGCGGACUUGGGCUGCAUGGAGAACAGCCUGGAGGACCCCGACAGCCCCCAGCGCUUCCGCUACCUCGAGAACAGCCCCUUCAAAGCCAUCGGCCCCCCGUCACCCCUGGCCAAGACCCCCAAGAGCGACCGCAGCGUCAACUUCGACCUGACGCCUACCGGGCUGCUCAACCACUGCGCGGAGGGCGGCGAGGACCCUUGUGGCAGCUCCGAGGAGAAGACCCUGGAGAUGAUGUCUCCGGCCAGCUCGGGGCCCGCCAGCGCCGGCCACACUCCCUUCCACCAGUCCCCGGUGGAUGAGGCAGGAGAGGAGCCGGGCGCCGGCACCAACGCCAACAGGCAGCCCAACUCCUGGCCGCCGGCCGCGGCUAAAGCCUCGCACGACAGCUCCGGCUCCUCGCAGGAGAAGCAGACGGGCUGCCUCUCCCUGAGCCCCUUCAAGGACGACAUCCCCGAUGUGUCCCCCACCAUCACCACCCCCUCGCUGCCGGCCGAGGUGGGGUCCCCGCACUCCACCGAGGUGGACGAGUCGCUCUCCGUCUCCUUCGAGCAGGUGCUGCCCCCCGUGAGCGAGUCCCCCCAGGAGGAAGGGGGGAACCGGCCCCACGGGGCCGGGCUGACGCCGGAGCCGGACCCCGCGGCCGCCAAGGGCGGGCUCUCGCUGCCGCUGCGGCCCUGCCACCACCCGCAGCGGGCGGACGGGGAGGGGCCGCCGCGCCACGGGCGCCGCUCCGACUCGCCCCACGACGUGGACCUGUGCCUGGUGUCGCCCUGCGAGUUCGAGCACCCCAAGUCGGAGCGGUCGCCCUCCGCCACCGUCAGCCCCCGGGACUUGUCGGACAGCGACCUGUCGCAGGAGAUGGCGCAGCCCCUGGCGCAGCGCCGGAGCCAGGCCCGCAAGCCGGGGGGCGAGACGCCGCCCACCUCCGUGAGCGAGUCGCUGCCCACCCUCUCCGACUCCGACGUCCCUCCGGCCACCGAGGACUGCCCCUCCAUCCUGGCCGACGGGCUGGAGUCGGACGAGGACUCGGACCACCCCGCCCGGGGCCUCGCCAGGGCCCGCGACCCGCUCCCGGCCCCCAUGAAGGACCCCUGCCCCAUCCCCGCGCAGCCCGGCAUCUGCAUGGUGGACCCCGAGGCGCUGCCGGCCGAGCAGAGCCGCUCGGCGAAGAAGGAGCUCCCCGGCAAGGCGAAGAGGACCCCGGCCCGCGUGGGCUCGGCGCCCGCCGCCCUGAAGGCUGAGCCCCCCAAGCACCCCACCCCGGGCUCCAAGGCCAGGGGCCCCGCGAGCUCGGCCCGUGACGCCGGGGACAAGGCCAGGCUGCCCCCGGGGGACAAGAAGGGCCCCUACGGCGGGGCAGCGGGGGACUCCCGCGCCCCCGGGACCGCUCGCAGCGCUGGAGCCAGGCCGCUGGCGGGAGCCGGCAGGGCGUCUCCGGCGGGCUCGCGGGCUGCAGCCCCCCCCGGCCCCCCCGUCUACGUGGACCUGGCCUACCUGCCCGGCUCGUGGAGCGCCCGGACGGUGGACGAGGAGUUCUUCCGGCGCGUGCGCUCCCUCUGCUACGUGGUGAGCGGCGACGACCACCUCAAGGAGGGCGUCAUGCGGAGCAUCCUGGACGCCCUGCUCGCCGGCAAGCACCACUGGGGCUCCGACAUCCAGGUGACCCUGAUCCCCACCUUCGACUCGCUGGUGAUGCACGAGUGGUACCAGGAGACCCACGACCGGCAGCAGGAGCUGGGCAUCACGGUGCUGGGCAGCAACAGCACCGUGGCCAUGCAGGACGAGACCUUCCCCGCCUGCAAGGUGGAGUUCUGAGGGCUGCGGCGGCAGGACCCUCCCCGGCCGGGGGAGGAGGCGGCGUGGGCUUCAUCCCCACCUUCCUCCUCCUCCGCUUGCCCUCUCUCGCCCUCCCGCCCUCCCUCUCCACGGCUCCGUGCAGCUGCUGAGCCUCGGAGGGGAGGGAGGGGAAGGGUCUGCUGGGGAGGAGGGAGGUGGGGUCGUCCCCUCCCUCCCUCCGGACUGGCACGGGCUCCCGGGGGGCCGCGGCACCCCCCCGUGCCGCACCGUCACCGCGGGGUUAGCGCCUGCCCACGCCGGAGCCGCGUGCUCCUCGCUCUGCCCCGCCGCAGCCCUGGCGCAGGGGCGGGGGCCGGGUUCCCCCUGCCUCGGGGGCAGGAGCCCUCCCCUCCCGCGCCCGGCCGCGGUGCUGAGCCCUCUCCCGGCGGGCGGCACGCCUGAGCCGUGCUCGACUUACAGGGUAACUUUGUGGUGUUUGCUGUUCCUACCCCCCACCCACAUCAGCCACUACUGCCCUCGGGGGGGGGAGCCGAGCCCCCUUCCCGGGGGACCCGGGGCCGGACGACCUCAGCCGCCCGCGGAGCCCCCCCGCAGCUCUCCCGGCCCCACGGCGGCUCGAGCAGCAUCUCCGGGGCUGCGGCGGUGGCCGGGCAGCGCGUAGGGCUCACGGCCCAGGUCGCUGGGCCGCGGCGGCUGCUCCACGGCACUACAGCACCUGCCUUCGUCCCCCCCGCCCCGUCCCCCUCCCCGCACGUGGGUGCUGCCCCCCCCCCCCCCCGCAUGGCCGGCACCUCGGCACCCCUCACCGCCCCGGGCCGCGGCCGGGGGCAGCGGCUUUGCUACGCCACCGUCUGUCUCUCUGUCCGUGACGCCUCCGUCUGUGGCACCGGCGCGAGCUAGGAAGAGUCCCGGGGGUGACAGGAGCCCUCCAGGUCCCGCCGAGAGCAGUCGGGCCCCCUCUUCCCUCUCUGCCCCCCGUGCCCCCCCCCCCGGGGCAGCGGCUGGAGGCUCUGCUCUCCCCGGGCUGAGACCUGCCAGCUCGUUGCACCCGGGGCUCUUCCCUCCCUGGCAGCAGGGCGCUUGGGCGGCCGGGCCGGGCCAGCAGCUCGCCCCCCCCUCGGCCCCUGCAGCCCCCGAGGAGCUGGAAGGGAAACCCGAGGAGGGGGGGUGUCGGGCCGGGAGCAGGGGCCGGGGCUCGUCCCCCCCCGCGGGAGCAGGGGCUGCCCCCGGGGCCAGGGCAAACACUAACCGGUUUUGUAGGGGGGCUCCUUGCUGGCUCUUUUUGUAAUGACUUUUUUAAAAAGAAAAAGAGAAAAAAAAAUAGAAAACAAAAGAAACUGAACAAACCAAAACUGUUCCUGCGGGAGGUUCUUAUUUAUCUGUGGUUGCCACUGUGAGGCUGCGGCCCCGCGGCCCCCCGCCCUGGGGACCGGCUCGCGGCCGCGGGGCCUUUUUACAUUGGAUUGUAUUGUCUUACGUGUUAGGGGAUGGGGGGGGGGGAUUGAAUGUUUCACCUUUAGUGCUUUAUAUAUUUUUCUUAGCUGGAAGCUGUUUUUAAUGUCGGAGGGGCGGCGGGAGCGGCAGCCCCCGCGCGGGGCCGUGGUGCUGCUCGCGCCGCGGCGGUCGGCACUGCUCGCUGUCCGGACACCGGCACGCACCCCGUGUUGCACACGAUGUUACGGUUUGGCAAAUGUAUUGAAAACAAGCAUUAAAGAGAUAAUAGCUCCA